AUGGUCAACGGCGGCUGUCCCUUCUCAAAGGAUCCUGAACAUAAAAUCACUCCAGUUAUUCUUGGUUCUCAUUUAGCAGCAUUGAACUUAGGUUUAAUGGUAGCAUAUCUUGCAGAUUUCAGAUUAGUUAGUUCCUCUUUGAACAUAUUAGCUUUCUCCUUGUUCGCCUGUUUAGUAGCAGUCUAAUUAAAGAAGUUCUUAGGUGUUGAAUUCAAGUAUAACCAAUCAAGCUAAAAGGAAUAAUAAUCUGCUGAAGCUUCCUGCUGCAAGAUUGAUUUGAAUAAUCCUGAAUCCAUUAAGGGUCUUUACAUCCAUUUAUAUACAUGGAUUAACAACGGAGUUUAAAGAUUCAGAAAGAUUGUUUUACUCCAAGACAAGUUGUACACUUUAAAAUGGUUAUCAAUCCUCUACUUCGCUACUAAGGUUGCUUACUUCUUAGGUGACUUCGGCUUUUUGUUUGUUGCUUCCAACGUAGCUUGCGUUACUCCUUAUGUUCUCUAAAACCACAGUGAGUAAAUUAAGCAAUUAUAUUAGACUGUUAAGUAGCAAGUUACCUAGUAAGUCUCUGCUUUGGCUGACAAAAUCCCUGGUAAAGCAAAAACUGAUUGA